AUGCCCGAGUUCAAAAAGUUGGUUCUUGCUCUCUCCGUUCUUCUCGUCAUCUUCUCCUUGAUAGACGUCUGUUGCGGAGCACCACCAGACCGUCUGGACUACGACGCUAACCCACCGGCAUUCAACGAGCUGUUGAACCUUCGCCCACCUAACGAUUUGAACUCAUGGAAGAGAACCACUACUCCAUUCGCGAUGCCAACCUCCGGAACUGAGAGAACUGUCAUGCACUACGUGGUCUUGAUCGGCAGCGGAUCCAUCAUUCUUCUCGGAAUCGUGAUUCUCUACUUCAUCCGUCAGGCCAUGGCGUUCCACUAUCAGAAAGCCCGUCGCCAGAGUCGCCAGGACAGCUUGGGAGUUCGCUCGGGAAAGGAAUCCAUGGAGAACGAGGAAGAGGAGUCCGAGGAUAUGGUGGAGGAAUAG